AUGCUUGGUCCAUUGAAUAUCAAUCUCGCCGAAUUUGGAGUUUCGACAGAGAAUGGGUUUCUUCCAGAUGUUAAUCCUCUUCCACGAUUGAGUGCCUACGUCGAGUGGGAAGAUUUAGUAGACGAGAUUCCCUUUCUACUCAAAGAAGGAUUGUUCAGACAACAUGCCGAUGCUUUACCUAUACUCGAUACAUCGAAUCUACAAGAGGAAGAUGAAUGGCGAAGAGCUUACCAUUUGUUGUCUUUCAUGACACAUUCAUAUAUUUGGGGAGGAAAAGUUCCAUCAGAGUUAUUACCCCCUCAGAUAUCAAAACCUUUCCUAGUCGUUUCAUCCCACCUCGGACUUCCCCCAACUGCCACAUACGCCGCUCUCAAUCUCUGGAACUUCACCAGCAGCUCCCCAACACAAGAUCUCACCGAUCUAGACAAACUCUCCUGUCAACACACCUUCACCAAUACCCCCGAUGAAUCCUGGUUCUACCUCGUCUCCGUCGCCAUCGAAGCCCGCGGCGCAGAAGUCAUCCCCUUAAUGAUAAAAGCUAUGAAUGCAGUCCGCUCCGAUGAACCGGAAGUCUUAAUAUCCUGCCUCGAAAAAUUCUCAGCCUGUAUAAAAGACUGUGGUAAAAUCCUUGAACGCAUGUAUGAAAAGUGUGAUCCCGAGGUCUUCUAUCAUAUCAUCCGACCCUUUCUAGCAGGCAGUAAGAACAUGUCCGCAGCUGGUCUGCCAAGGGGUGUAUUCUACGAUGAGGCAAAUGGAAGUGGGGAAUGGAGAAUGUACAGUGGAGGAAGUAACGCACAGAGUAGUUUGAUACAAUUCUGGGAUGCGGUGCUAGGUGUCAAACACGUACCCACUAGACCUAUGGGCAAACCACAGAGUGAAACCGUGGAGCCCAAGAAAGGUUGUCAUGGAUUCUUAGAAGAAAUGCGCAACUACAUGCCCGGCUCGCACCGCGCCUUCCUCAACCAAAUCUCCGAAAUCUCUCCCAUCCACAACUAUGUCGACUCCUCAAUCUGUUCCUCCUCCGUCACAAAAGCCUACAACCACGCUGUGGAAACUCUCACCGAAUUCCGCAACAUCCACAUCCAAAUCGUAACACGAUACAUUAUUAAUCCAUCUCGAAAAGCGAUGGCUCAAGGCACGGAAAAAGAAAACGCGGGAUUAAAUUUAGCGGUUGCGACGACGAAGAAGGGAGGAAAGGAUGUUAGAGGAACAGGAGGAACACAAUUAAUUCCGUUCUUGAAACAGAGUAGAGAUGAGACGAGGAAUAUGGUUGUAGAUGUUGUGGAGAGUCCGUGA